ACUAACUGGCGACUCGGGCCAUCCGGUCUUCUUUGAAUCUUCUCCCGCGGUUCUUUCCCACUUGUAUCCACGGAGCAACGAUGCCAUCGGAACGCCUAAGAUCUCCAUCAUCUUCCUUCGAGAAAGCAUCCCAGGACUAUCCCUUGGCAGACUUUGACCAUGAGAACGACUCGGGAAGCAGUCAGUUCGCGAGGGUCGAGCGGGGAAGCUCCGACUCCGCCCGGGCCGACCAGGGGGAGAGCACCAGUGACCCGUUGCUGCCAACCUCAACCCCCCAUCAUCUCCCUCGCAGACCAGCCCCGGAGCCAUUUUCCUGCACAUUUUCAGGGAUCCGCACGUGGAUCCAAGGCCCAUCCCACCCACACCGCUAUCAGAUCACCCCGUGGUUGCGCCGUUGGCAAACCGCGCCGGGCCGCCUCGUGGAGCGUUAUUUCCCGAGCCCCCGCGCCAAAAUCGGGCUACUUUUAACCUGCAUAUGCAUCUGGGGGGUCAUCUUCCUCUCCAUCCUGCAUUCCUCCGUAGCUGGUCAGGAUGUCUCGGGCUAUGGGGUCCCUGUCAAGCUUUCAUGUCACGCUAGACUCUGGCCGAACUCGACUGAUUGUGGCCUCAAUGGCGAUUCCUGUCGCCCCUUUGAUAAGGGAGCGUUUGCAUUUCGCUGCCUCGCUGGCUGCGCAGAUGCGAUCUUGCUGGAGCCGUAUAUCGUAGGCGCCGAGGAGUACAAUUAUCGUCCUCUCGUUGUCGGGGGUAGCUCAGACGGCGAUGGUAAUGAUGCUAUCUACCGUGGAGACUCCGCCAUUUGUCCUGCAGCGUUACAUGCUGGUCUAAUUGACCAUCAGAAAGGCGGCUGCGGCGUCCUGUCUCGGACAGGAGAAAGAACUAAUUUCUCAUCAGUAGAACGCAACGGAAUAUCCAGCAUUGGGUAUUCCUCUUACUUUCCCCUUUCCUUUACCUUUGGUGGAGAGUCUUCAGACGCAAGCUGCCAGGACCUGCGCUGGCCGCUAUUCACUUUCUCUGUCAUUGUCACGACUUUACUCUCUCUGUUCAUAACAUCUCCCGCAGCCUUCUACGCUUCCAUCUACUUCAUCGUCUAUUUCCAGGUUGCACUCUCCUCGGAUCCACCCUACUCUCCCGACUACUACGAGGUCGUGUCCACCGCACUGGGCCGGUUCCUCCCUUGCGCUUUCGUCGGCUUCGCAAUGUACUACUUCUGUGUCCGGAAGACAUUAACAGACCUAGAAGCACACUGGGACAAGACAGUCCUCUGGCUAGGUAGCUGCUGGGUGGGCGCCCUCAACACGGACACAUUCGACAAAAUCCCAAUCUCUCGUCUCACCCCUCACGACAUUCAACAACAACCCGGCGCCAUCCCGGCCCUCAUCAUCAUCGUCGGUUUCCUCUGCACCAUCAUCCUCACCCAGGCCAUCGCCUUCCGCAGAGAGGGCAGAAUGCCCAAGAUGCUUCUCCUCUACGGAAUCCUAUGCUGCGGCGUGCUCGCCCUAAUGAUCGUCCCACACAUGAACCUCCGGAUCCAUCACUACGUCCUCAGUCUCCUCUUCCUCCCAGGGACCACACUCCAAACGCGCCCCAGCCUGCUAUACCAAGGUCUCCUCGUGGGACUGUUCAUCAACGGCAUCGCCCGCUGGGGCUUCGACAGCAUCCUCCAGACCUCCGCCGCUCUUCUCGACGGCGCCCAGCUAGGAAGCGUUCUGCCCAUCCUCAGCGCCCCGAGCAUCCUAUCAUCUCAGAACAUCAUCUUCAACUUCCCCGAACCAGACGCAGACGCAGACGGGAUCAGCGUUCUCGUCAACGAUGUCGAACGAUUCCGCACCUUCAAGUCAGAUGACGGGACAUUGGACUCAUUCAACUGGACCCGCCAUAUGGCCAACGAACCGGAAUACUUCCGUUUUGGGUAUAUCAAGGUAAAUGCCCUAGGGGGUAUCUGGUACGAGGAUUUCACGACCCCAGCUACUUGGGAAGCGGGUGGGGAGUGGAAUCCGAAACCGCCUUCAUCUCCACCCGAGUAAAAGGUUUUUUUUUGGACAUUAUAUGUUGGAUCUAUUGACUAUAUCACACAUACUAUACUAUACCAUAUUACUAGCAUUGGAUGGAACCGUUAAUAUACCCAUUCUUUAUCUAUCGUACACAACAACCGAGAAUACUGAACCUGGACCACUACUUCCAACCUCGGUAAAACCGAUAUAGAUAUAGUAUACCUCAGGCAGAAAUACUCACCUAUCUAGAUGAGACACAUGAUCACAUUUUCAACAACCCAUUCAGUCCAGUCCAGUCCAGUCCAGUCCAAUGUGAAAACAAACCCAACCGAACUCCAGUCCCAACUCCAUUUCCCAAAUGCAAGAUAAAUAAAAAAGAUCCCCGAAAUCCAGCAAAACGAACAAUGAUACAGUCCUGUCCCGUCUCUUCAAACCAG